AUGGGCGUUCCGCUGGAAGAUGGUGGCACACUCUAUACUCUAUGCUUUGCUGAUGAUCAGGUGGUGGUGGCGCAAGACGAAGAAGAUGCAGAUUACAUGACACGCAAGUUAGUGGAGGAAAAUCGAAUAUGGGGCCUUGAUGUUAGUGUCUCCAAAACUGAAAAAUUGGUUAUUGGUGGUGAUUCGCAAGGUAUAGAGUUGGAGGAUGGCCGGUACAUCAACGGAUGUGAAGAGUACAAAUACCUUGGAGUAUGGCUGACCCAAGAUGGGAAGUUUGAUCGGGCCAUCAGAGAACGUAAUGUGCAAGGAAGAAAAGCCAUCGCGAUGUUAAACGAGGUUCUCUGGGAUCAGAGAAUCUCGAAGGUAAAUAAACGGAGAAUUUACAGCGCCAUCGUGAAGAGCAUAGUUACGUACGGGAGUGAGGUGUGGCAAUGA